AUGGCUCAACGCAGCGCUACUCUAUUAGCUUCAAAUGAAGCAGACGUUCAGCUUGCUAUCUCCUCUAUCAGUUCCCAUCAAAUACAGAGCAAUUGCAGGGCUGCUACUAUCUUUAGCGUGUCUGAACGAACAAUCCACCGCUGACGCGCUGGUAUACCUGCCCAACGCGAUUGCCAGCCCAACUCAAAGAAGCUCACUGAGCCAGAGGAGCAGGUGAUUAUCCGCCAUAUAUUGGAUCUAGACUAACGUGGAUUUGCGCCUACGUACGCAGCUGUACGUGAUAUGGCUGAUAAGCUGCUUGCUGCGCGCAGCAGAGGACGCGUAGGAGAGAGGUUAGCCAAAGGCUAUUUAGCUAGGCAAUUGCAAGUAGAUGCUGCCGUAUACAAUUACACAUGCACCUAUGUAAUCUUGCUUGCACAUCGGGAAAAGUUUUUCGAAAUCUGGCCCAGACUGGCCGUUGCUGACAGUUUUAAGUAUAGUGUUUGCAAUAAUAAUAUACAUAACUUUAAUAAAACUAGGUUCUAGAUAGGUGUUGCUUUGUCUUUAAAGGUUGUAACAGGCUUAGAGAGACGUGCUCAGCCAGAGCUUGUUCAGCCAGGUGAUCGCGAGUGGGUUACCGUUAUCCAGAGCAUCUGCGCUGCUAGGUAUGCAACCCCGCCUUUUAUCAUCUACAAAGGACGCGUCCACAUCUCUGCCUAGUAUAAGGAGACAGAUAUACCCUAUAAUUAGAAGCUCUUAGUCUCUAAGA